GCAUCUCAAUCAAAUGGCCAAAUUGUUUUAUUUAGAAAAAAUGUUGCUGACUUACGCAAGUUCCUCUUUAUCAUGAAUUACCGAAAUCCACAUAGAAGAAUUCAGUUUACAAAUAACAAAUUUGAUAUCGUUACUUGGACAAUGAUAGAAAAAUUUAUGCGGGAGCAUAAUUUAAAAAAUCCACAGGAGGUGUGGUUGCAGAAUGUACGAGAAAUAGUGGAUACCCCACAUGAAGAUGUUGAAGACAACCCGAGAGUUUUUAUGAUAGAUAAAAUGGAUUACAAGUUGCGCAUAAAUAUGACUACUCCAAUGGGUCCAAUUCAGAAAGCCUUUCAUGAGUUUUAUGUCAUCUCCCCAAAAUUAUUAUUGGUCCUUUGUGAUGGUAUAUUUCGAGGUGGUAUGUUUGAAUUUAAAGAUCCUUUAUUUGGAAUCAAAUAUCGAUCGAUUUUUGAAGAUGUUCCUCAUCCACCACCGAUUCCGGACUAUGUAAAUAUCUCUCAACUUAAAUUAAAACGCGACGGUGAAUCUGAUGAUAAAUUUGACUGUUUGGAAAAAGAUUGGUGGGAUAAGGAAACAGGUAUCAAAAGGCAACCUGAUGACAAAUUUACUUUUACAUUCGUUAAAGUCAAUUCAGCCACUGUUGACCUCGUAAAUUCUAUUUUGCUUAAUGAGGCAACUCCAGACCUACAAGUAUCAUUUCUUUCCCUUUCAUACCUUUAUAAGACAAUAGUUAAAUACAAUAAAAGUGUUAAGGACACUAGUACACUGAAAAAUUUCUCAAAUAUGAAAAAGACCUUGUUCAGGGAAUUAAAUAGAACUCAUGAAGAGGACUUAAAUCUCAGAAAAAAUAUUUCUGCCGGCAAUAGGCGUUGGAAUAUAUGCACAUUGAUUAAUUGA